AUGAUCUCCAACAAUGAAGAUCGAGCGGUGGUAGAGUGUGCUGGCAAAGAUGCCACCAAGUGUGAAGAGCUUGAAGACCCCACCAAGUCUUCUGAUUCCUCCGAGGAGAAGCUUGGCCAGCAAUACGACACAACUCCCAGAGACAUCCAGAACCGUUUCGAACAUCUCCGAGGGUUGAGCGAUACCGAUAUGGCAAGUCUCAAUAAGAGCGUUGUACGAAAAAUCGAUAUGAGAAUGAUGCCUUGUAUAACGCUCAUGUUUCUCAUGAGUUAUCUCGACCGCAUCAAUGUUUCCAACGCAAGACUCAGCGGGAUGCAGGAUAACCUCCAUAUGUCAGACACCAUGUGGAACUUAGGCAUCUCAACUUUUUACAUCGGUUAUCUUGUUGGGCAAUUGCCCGGCAACUUGUGGCUGGCCAAGGCAAAUCCGAGAUGGUUUCUACCUUCGACGAUGGUAGCCUGGGGAGCGGCGACUAUCUGCACUCCCGCCCUCAAAAGUGGUGCCGGCUUCGCUGCUCUGCGAUUCUUCACCGGUCUGGCUGAAGCGCCAUUCUUUCCGGGUAUCACUCUGACCAGCUUUAGAAAUUGCCAACAUGAAGUAGUGACCUCUUCUUGGUACACUAAGGAGGAGAGUCCUCUUAGGAUGGCCAUCUGGCACGCGGGAAACACCAUAUCCAACAUCAUCUCAGGCUUCCUUGCGGCAGGAAUUCUGACUACGAUGGGUGGUGUCUCGGGUCUGUAUUCUUGGCAAUGGUUCUUUCUCAUUGAGGGAAUCGUGACGUUCCUGGUGGCUUUCUCUGCCUAUGUGCUCCUCCCAGACUGGCCCCACAACACGCGGUUUCUGACUCCUGAGGAGAGAGAUAUGGCGCAGUACCGUAUCCUGUGCUCCAAUGGAGGCAAAGAGGAAGCUGCCGGAGGCACUUGGGAUGGUCUCAGAGAUGCUGUCAAAGAUCCAUUUACCUGGAUCUUCUGCCUGUUGCAUUUCUCCCUGGUCACUGCCCAAAGUUUCAAAGACUUCUUUCCUUCGAUCGUCAACACCUUUGACUUUGGUGAACUUACAACAUACUUCAUUCAAGCUCCCCCAUAUGCAUUCGCAUUUGUGUUUGCCUACGCUGUCGCCUGGUCCUCAGGUCGGAACCAAGAGUCUUUCUGGCAUAUCGUCCUGCCUAUCAUUGGCAGUGCGGUCGGCUGUGCAGUUCUGAUCUCGACCAUGAACAUCGGAGCUCGUUACUUUGGUCUUUUCCUUCUUAUUUCCGGCACUUACAACGGCCUUAAUCUGCAGCUGUCGUGGGAAACAACUGUCGUUCCUGCCCCUCGAAGCAAGAAGGCCGCACUCAUUGCAAUCGCCAACUGUAUCAGCCAAGUCAGUCACUGGUUUAGUCCCUACUUCUGGCCGCGUUCGCAAGAGCCUUUCUACAGACUAGGCGGCGGUCUUGUACUGGUGGGUUGCGCUCUGGUGAUUAUGUCAGCUGGCCUGGCUAAGUGGCGUGCGAUUCGACUGAACAAGAAACUGGAUGAAGCUGAGGGCUACUCCGAGAGCUCGGGGGUCGAAAGGGGUUGGCGAUACAUGUACUGAGAGACUUGCGAGC